UGCGAGGGUGAGAGUGAAGAGAAUUGGCUAUGGCGAUAUUUUGGAUCUAGAUUAGGUCAAGGCGCGCGCGAGAGAGAGCGCGGCCGCGCGGGGCGCUGGGCCGGGAAGAAAGGGGGAUUUUCAGCCAUGUACAGCAAUUUCAAGGAGCAGGCGAUCGAGUAUGUGAAGCAGGCAGUGGUGGAGGACAAUGCGGGCAACUACGCCAAGGCCUUCCCGCUCUACAUGAACGCGCUCGAGUACUUCAAGACCCAUCUCAAGUACGAGAAGAACCCUAAGAUCAAGGAGGCCAUCACGCAGAAAUUCACAGAGUACCUGCGGCGCGCCGAGGAGAUCCGGGCCGUGAUCGACGACGGCGGGCCGGGCGGCGGCGGCGCGGCGCCCAAUGGCGGCGAUGCCGGGCUCGCGACCAAGGCCAAGUCGUCCAAGAAAGGGGGCGAGGAUGGGGAUGGGGAGGAUCCCGAGCAGGCCAAGCUCCGAUCGGGCCUCAAUUCCGCGAUAAUCCGGGAGAAGCCGGAUGUCAAGUGGAGCGAUGUGGCUGGAUUGGAGAGCGCCAAGCAGGCUUUGCAAGAGGCGGUCAUACUGCCCGUUAAGUUCCCCCAGUUCUUCACAGGGAAGCGACGACCAUGGCGUGCUUUUCUCCUCUAUGGCCCUCCGGGAACUGGAAAGUCUUAUCUCGCCAAAGCCGUGGCCACGGAGGCCGACUCCACCUUUUACAGUAUUUCUUCGUCAGAUCUCGUUUCCAAGUGGAUGGGGGAGAGCGAGAAGCUCGUAGCCAACCUCUUCCAAAUGGCCAGAGACAGUGCGCCCUCCAUCAUCUUUAUCGACGAGAUUGAUUCGCUGUGUGGACAACGCGGUGAAGGCAACGAGAGCGAGGCGUCGAGACGAAUCAAAACGGAGCUUCUCGUCCAGAUGCAGGGCGUUGGAAACAACGAUCAAAAAGUUCUCGUUCUCGCGGCAACAAACACUCCAUAUUCUUUGGAUCAUGCUGUUCGCAGGCGAUUUGAUAAGCGCAUUUACAUUCCUCUACCCGACUUGAAAGCAAGGCAACAUAUGUUCAAGGUUCAUCUAGGAGACACGCCGAGCAACUUGUCGGAACGCGACUUUGAGGACCUUGCAAAGAGAACGGAGGGGUUCUCGGGCUCGGACAUCGCAGUUUGUGUUAAGGAUGUCCUGUUUGAGCCGGUCCGGAAGACGCAAGACGCGAUGCACUUCAAGAGAUUGAAAACCAAAGAAGGAGAGUUCCUGGUGCCUUGCGCUCCACUGACACCGGGUGCCAUCCAGACGACGAUGCAAGAGCUUGCCACCAAGGGGCUCGCAGCUCAGAUUUUGCCACCUCCAAUCAGCAAGGCAGACUUUGACAAGGUGCUGGCCAGACAGAGACCAACGGUGAGCAAAGACGACCUUGAAAUACAUGAGAAGUUUACGAAGGAGUUUGGGGAGGAAGGAUGAUUCGUCGCCCUUGUGCGUGGUCUCUUAUAUGAAUCCAUAAGAUUUACUCUCUGACGUCUCCUUGGUUUGUCCCGUUCGUUCCCAUGCGAUUAGAAAUUGACUGUAUUCUUUUGCAAGUAUGUUCGAAGUCACAAAUUGAGCAGUUUUGUGGCA